GCCAUUUACUGCGUAUACGGAGACCUUGACGAAAGGCUCCGAGAGUUUGCAUUCUAUAUGUGGUGGCAGCAGCAGCAGCAGUAGCAUUUGCAGGAGGACGAGGGGGUCAAGCAACGUCAAUAGCGUCCUCGGUUAUGCUAUUUUUCAGGCAUCGACUUCUUUGAUGGAAUCGGCGCACUGCGUGGUGCUCGUAGAGCUCCUCGAGGGCUUUCCUUUCCUUUCCAAGCAACAAGAAGCAACUGUCAAAUCCCUUCGUCUUCUGGUGGACUCCGUCAAGCGUGGUAGUCCGCAGACGAAUAACGAGCGGCUGGGAAGUCGGUUUCACGUCAGACGGGGCUGGCUCCGUUGCCCCGCCAAUACACCCAUUUGGCAGGAGAGCAAAAGAGGUCCCGUAGGCGCCCACUUUUUGUCGCCAGUGUGUAAGAGAGUUCUUGACUGCUGGGAUGCUGGCAGGGAGCCGAGCCGUGGGCGACGACUGUCAAGAGAGGAAACACACGACACGACGGUCAUUGAGCGACUUAUAGCAAGCGAAAACGGCUGACGAUUUCUGCACGGCACCAACUGCGAUGAUCCGCAUCAACAGACAGGGACCAAAACGAGGCGUUUGCGCAUUCAUCAUCCGGUCUGAUCCGUGUAACCGAGCGGCAGAUCAGCUAAGUGAGUGUCUUGCUGGAACUGAACUAACCCAAGAUUUUCCUUAGAAGACGAGGCCUUGACCGCGAGCGUUUGCCACUGACGCACUCGAUUGGAUCUUUCAGGAGAACGAACCUCGAG